AUGAUAUCCCGAUUCCCAAAAGGGGGGGAGGAGAUCGACACGGACAUCGUGCGGAGGCAGGAGUUUGAGAAGCUGCACAUCAAGGUUGCGAACGAAAAAUUCGGGAGGCGUGAGGAUGCAAAGGAGCUGUUGACAAGGAUGAUGCAGGCCUGCAUCGCUGCCUUCGCCCCGGACCCGCUGGAGUUCAUGAUCGAGUUCCUCACGAAGGAGAUCGAGGGGAGGGCGGAGCCUGCGCACACAGGACCGGGGAAACACCCGAUGGGAGAGGAAGCAGAUCUGCACGAGGAAGUGACGAACUAUGCCGACUCGCCGGAAUUUCACACCAUCGUAAGUAAGAUGUCGGCGUACAUGAUCCAGUUCAAGCCCGACGAUCCAGCCCCUUUCGCGCUCGAGUUCCUGCGCACGCUCAAGAAAGAGGGCAUAUUCGGCCCCAUGGGCGCGGACCAUUGAUGA